AUUCGGAACACAUUACAACUAAGCACCGUUCGUCUCUCUGUCUUAAUAGCCGACAAUUACCAACUAAUUACCUUUCUACCUACGCCAAAUUACUUUUUAGGCCAUUGCGCUCUUCGCAAGAAAUUCAAAAUAACAGUCGUUGCAACGCUAUCAACAACAUCGACAUCGUCUUUUAGUUUUUAAUCCGGUGCGUAUCGCUAUCUAGCGGAGAAACAAUACAACGUCCACCUGUUUCGUAAGUUUACCUGUCCAGGUGGGGGGUUACCUGCAGUCGGUCACGUGACCCGCCAGUUUUUAACGUAAAAAACAAAGUAUAACCGCGCCUACAGAGACGAACAAACGUUUUUUUUACAUUCGUAGUUCACCCGCUAUAUCACCACAUUGCGGUGGUGAAACGUGAACGCGAAACACCCGAGAGUUUCGAUUUUUCCGUGAGAUAUAGCACACGAUCGAUUUUUUCGCGAUAAAUCCGCAGUUGCAUAGCUACAAGAAUGCGAGUACCUAGUUCGAAGUCUUUGUGUUCAAAAUAUGUGAUUAUCGUUUUGAGAAAAAGUGUUUUUUAAAAUCUAUUAAUGUUGUGCUAGUGUUGGAAAAAUGAAUAAAUCAAAAAGAACGUUGUUUUCCUUAGCUUUUCUCACGUAUUUCAAGUUUGUUUACCUCCAAGAACAAGGGAUCUCCGUAACUGAGCACUCAGGAGGGCGAAUUAUUAACGAUAAACUGGUUUUUUACAAGGCCCAAAGUCCGUAUUUAUUGAAAAACGAUGUGAUAGUCGAAGCCAACGGGGAGGUAAUCAUCGAGGCUGGGGUUACCAUCAAAAUUGAGCCACAAGUCGGGAUAACCGUUAGAGGAAUUUUGACAGCUGAGGGUACUGAAAGCGAAAGAAUCGUUCUGACAACGUCCGAAGAAACAACAGCUAAGAAUAUUUAUUUCCCUGACAUCCGGUUGGUAGACGGUCCAUCAAUAUUGGCGGGACGUGUUCAAGUCAAGCAUAAUGGACAGUGGAGGAGUGUCUGUACCAACUCUAGAAAUUGGACAGCCUACGAUAUGGCAACCGCCUGCCGCCAACUCGGCUUCCAAGGAGGAUCGUUCCAUCUCUGGUACAACCGCCAAAUGCCUCUAAAAUCCCGCAUCCUCUACGAAGAACCCAGAUGUACAGGAACCGAACCAUCAAUAUUCAGCUGCCAAUGGAACAAAAGACAAAUGGGCUCAGGAGUCUGCGAUUACCAUCCAGACAUCGGGCUUGAAUGCCUUCCCAAAUACGACACCCCCAUGCCCUUCUGGAGAGGAGUCACAUUCGAAAACGCUUUAAACGAUAAAAGACUAAGAUACGAUAAUACUCUAUAUGUGCCAACUUCCAAGUCCACUUUUAAAUUUGUUAACAUUUAUUACGCUGGUAUUGGUAGAGAUUACAACGCUGGCAGUGCGUUACAUGUCAUCGGGGUACCACCAGUUGUUGAUAGCGUUGAAAUAUUCAACUCUGCGUAUAAUGGAAUUAAUAUUACGAACCCAGAAGCACCUAUCACAAUAAAUAACUGCAAAAUUCGAAGCAAUAGGGGUUACGGAAUAUUCAUCAACUCCAGUUAUGGUUUGGCUAACAUUGAUGGUUGUACUGUCACCGAAAAUGGUGGCGAUGGUAUCAGAUUUGUUAGAGCUGAAGAACGACCAGAAGAAAGAGCUGAUAGGAAUGGUUACAACGAUUUCUGCCAGCUGGCUUUAGCUUCAAGUCAAACAUUCCCAGUACAAUUAUUCGCAGAACAGACUCUAUUCCUGACGAAAGAAGUUAACUGCCAGAAAGUAUUCACAACGAGAUACGGUCACGUUCUGACCUUGCAUUUCAUCAGAGCUGUGACUGAUAGAAACGAUAGUGCUUCGAUAGAAAUCUACGAUGGUUCGACUUUGAACAACAGAAUGCUGAAUACGUUCUCUAUCAGGAAUAAUACAAGACCACAAGCUGUUACUAGUAUCAGCAACCAAAUGUUUAUCAAGUUCAAGGCUCAAGCUUGGACCGAGAUGGUUAUAUUUCUGCGAAUUACGUCAGGAUUGAGAAAAUCUUUUGAUAUAAACGUCAGUAACUCGGAUAUUUCAGAAAAUUCCGGUAGAGGCGUCGCUGUUGAUAAUUUGAGAUCUCAAUUAUUGGUAUAUAAGAGUUCGGUAUCUAAAAACGAGCAUGUAGCUGGAAUACAUGUAACCAGUGGUGUUGGUGAUGUUAAUAUUACGGAAAGCCGCGUAUCUUUCAAUGAGGGUGAUGGAAUUAACGUAACCUAUACCGGUGGUAGCAGGAAUAUAUCUAGAUCUUCAAUUAGUUCCAACAAAGGUUACGGUAUAGCAAUUUGGUUAAACAACACUGAAGAAACUGAGUAUAUAUUCGUAAACCAAACUAGUGUUGUGCAGUAUUCUGAGAUAUAUAAGAAUUUGGAUAUCGGUGUACUGCACGGAAAUUACUGUGGUGAUGCUUUGUUUAAUUUCACAGAAAAUUCGUUCAAGAACUGUCUAAACGACGCAUUAGAAGUACUAUCUUGUUGGAAACAUACAGAAACGUUGACCAAAAUCCAAAUUGGACACAACAGGUUCAUGGGAAAUGAACGUAUAUCUUUAAAAAUAUCUCCAGCAGUUAAUUUACAAGCGGUUAUAGAAUACAACCAUUUCAGACAAGGUACUUUCGGUGGAUUACUCAUCAAAAAUAAACCUCUAGAAGAAUUUAGUAUCCUUAAGAACGAUAUCGUAGUCCAACAGAAUUAUUUUUUGAACAAUUCUGGUACUUAUGUGGUUAAUUUGGGGCUAUCACCAUACGCAGAGUACCAAUAUCUGCUGUUUACCAGAAAUUUCGUUAAAAGCAACAAAAUAUCCGAACCAUUCCAGAUGGAAGACGGUAGUGUAUCUAAUUUGAAUCCGAGAAGUCGAGUAGCAGCACCAGUGGUUAUUGGAUCUAACAAUAUAGAAGUAUUCAGAAAUAUUAUCGAAAAUCCCGAUUCUAAAUAUGAAAUCGGCAGUCAUUUUGAAGACCAAAGCAAAACCAUCAACUGCACUUUCAACUGGCUGGGUUUCAGUAACGACGAGAACAUCUUCCACCGGAUAUUCCACCGAUACGAUAGAUAUAACUUGGCUAAAAUCAGUUUUAUACCGUUUUUGUUACACAAUACCAAUCCUUUAACAUCUAGGAUCAACCCUAACCAAUAUUAUGUACCAAAAUUCCUCGCUGGCGGCUCUGACAAGCUUGGAGGUGAGAUCGAAGGUGAGGAACUCAUCACUAGAGGAGAAUACCACGUGAUUAGAGAUAUAAGUAUCAGACCUGGAGGUAAAUUAACUAUUGAACCUGGAGUAACUCUUCGUUUUCCAGCCUCUAUUGGUAUGAUGGUCGGUGGUAGAUUAGAAGCAAGAGGUAUAGAACCGGACAGCAUUAAAUUUACCAUGAAAGAAGAAUUGGUUCAUAGUCCAGAUAAUGUAACAUACGAAAUAGAGACUGAAAAAUACGAUUCUGAGACUGAGAUGAUUCAGAUUGAGCCAAAAGUACCGAUUAGGUUGUUGGGCGGUAACACUGAGACUGAGGGUCGUUUGCAGAUUAAAGUAGAUGACCAGUGGGGUACUGUGUGUAACUACGGUUGGACUAUUGAGAACGCUGCGUUGGUUUGUCAGCAGUUGGGAUAUGUUCUGAAUCCGGACGAUUGGAACCUGGAACGAAACGAGAUCCCAGCAGCAGGCACCACCGAAAAAGUAAUCCUCUCAAAUAUCCAAUGUGAUCCGUUCGAUCUAGAUAUCCUUAAAUGCAAGGCGGAACAUAUCAUAGACUUCGAAAACUCCUGCAAUCACGACAACGACGUUGGAGUCCGUUGCUAUAAAACUUCCUGGGCGGGAAUCAGAUUCAGCUCCCUAGCAGACAGAACAGAUCUACAAUUCAUAACCAUAGAAAAGUCUGGAUUGUUGGAUUAUGCUACAAAUACCUUCAAACCGGCCCUUCAAUUGGAUUUCGCUAGACAGAAUUUUGAAAAUUUGCGAGUAACCAACAACGAUUACCAUGGAUUGGGAAUCAUCUACUCAGAUAUAUUUUCUGAAUCAGUUAACAUCAUCAAGAAUUCGGAAUUUUCAAAUAACCGAGGCGCCGGUAUCAACAUCAAACAAUUAGGAUUGAAUCUUUUCAAUAGCAAAAUCGAAAGCAACUUCAUCGGUAUCGAACACAAUUCCGCUUUGACCGGUCUUCAGCAAAGAGAAAUUGCAGGUUGGUUCAUCAAGAACGACGAUGAGAAUUACUACAAUCCGUUUCUGAUUCCUCAGUAUUCGGAUACCAACAUUAUAGAGCUGAAUAUGGGGGAAAUGAAGUAUUUGGUCACCUCAAAAGCCUUCGGCGACAGUAUUUCCCGUUCUUAUAGAAUUAGAUGCGACCCAGGGUGGGUUUUGGGCAUCCAACUAAUUAAUCCGAUUGAAAAUAGAAGUACUGAGAGUAUUGUGAUACAUGACGGACUUACAUCGAGUGCUAGUGCACAGUACUUUGUUCUGAAACGUGAUUUAACCAUAUUCCCAACGACUGCUAGCAGCCAUGGCAUCGUUUUGGACUACAACAGUGGUACUAACGCCGCCGGUGGUACCGUACUAAUUAUCAAUACUGUCAAGGCUCCGAUGCAGAACGUGUAUAACCGAAUAGUAAAAGGCCCGGUACCAACUUUGAGUGCUAUCAGAACCACAAUACGUAACAAUGUCUUUGGAAUACAUUCCUCCUUCUACAACAGAUAUCUAGACGAGCUGGGGAAUCAUUUUCUUAGGAAAGCCAACGAAAGUAUGAAAUUCUAUGGAUGCGAAAUUACUAAAAAUGGACGUGAAGCUGUUUUUGUGCACUCCCCUCAUUGGGAUCUGCAUUUAAGUAAUAUUUCUGAAACUACGUUUAUGUUUAACAAGAGUUUGAUUGUGGAUAAUGGUAAAGGGGUGUUCCAUUUUUCAAGGGACAUGAGGUCGUCCAAUAAUCUGUUCCAUUACGUGUUUCAGGAUAAUACUAUUGAUAGUAAUAAAGCCGGUGGAUUUGAUAUAGCUUUACCCUACGUCUGGCAAUACAACGAAAACUUCACCCACUCGGUCUAUAUGGAUAACAACACGUGGAUAAACAACAACAACUUCGAGAUCACUGUCGACGGCCAUUUUGCACGCAUCAACAUCACCAACAACAUCUUCAGAGAUAACUAUUGCCGCACCGGUCUUCUAACCAUAAAAGGAAUGGAAAAGAAACUAAAAAUCGUUGACAACAAGUUCCUUAACAACAACGGGAAGUAUGUCGUAGAGUUCAGCUCAAACAGUCAAUCCGAGAUUAUUGGAAAUGUACCAGCUGUGUUUAUGUAUAACGAAUUAAGAAGCAACAAACGUUUUAUGAGAGGAAGGACUGGUGUGCUUCAAGUAGAUCGCGAUCCAACUUGUGUGGUGGCUUUCAGAGGCAUUCAGAAAGUAAGAAUCAACAGGAACUUAUUCUCUGAUAACUUCCUAGAGUACCAACUUUUGGCGGGUAUUAAAACCGCCAAAAUUGACAACUUCUUAAACGUAGCUGAAAACUGGUGGGGUACUGAUAAUGAAAAAGAUAUCAAAAACAGAAUUUUCGACUUUGACGAUUGGAAUGACCACGCUAUAGCAGAAUAUCGUCCGUACUUAUUAGAAGAUAACUUCCAAUCAAGUUAUUCAGUAAGUUUUUCAUCAAACAACACUAUAGAUCUAGAUUCACUAGGAGGAAGACUCUACGAAGACCUACGCCUAACAGCCAGAGAUCGUCCUUAUAUUAUUAACUCAGACAUAACUGUCAUGCCAAAUGUCACUUUGACUAUCUACCCUGGUGUUGUUAUGGAAUUUGCACCCAACGUGGGUAUAUUAGUUUUAGGAAUAUUGAACGCUAGAGGUUAUAUCGGCAGCGAGAUUAUUAUGAGACCAAUUGUGUUUUCUGAAAAUUUAAAGAACGCAGAGCAUGGGAAGUUUGAUGUCAGGGAAAAGAGAGAGUUGGAGAAGUUUUACGGGCAAGAAGCUAUAAGGUUGUGCAAAAGCGCCGGCUGUUCGGAAAGUGACGAAGGCUCCGCCAACGAAGGUUUCCUAGAAUACUUUAACUCUACAACUUUACAAUGGAUCCCAAUGUGCGACUCCAGAUUCACAGAACGCAACGCACAAGUGGUAUGUCGCGAACUGGGUUUCGACCCUCUAAAGGCCUUCUUCGACUUCGGCGAACGUAUCGACUUCCACAGCAACUCCUUAACCAGAAUCUGGACGUGGCCCGAGCCAUUGCAAUGCAAAGGAACAGAAAACAGAUACGAUAAUUGUCCUAUUAGGUUGAACGGACAGCAGUUUGGUCACAGACAUAGAUGUGAGUGGAAUUCAAAGUUUGUUUUCAUCCAUUGCGAUAGGCAGUUGAAGAGGCUGAAUUACUGGGGUGGAAUUAGAUUUGCUGAUGCUGAAUUCGAGCAGCAAAUGUACAAUCACAGGCUGCACGACAUUCACACUCACAUGAGUUAUCAGUCUUUCGAAUCUACAUUGGAAUACGUCAAAAUUCAGGGAGCUGGUAUUCUUCACAACGAAAAAUCUUCUGCUGUACAAAGUAUAAUCAAAAGUCCUAGAAUUAACUACGUCGAUAUAGAUGAUUCGGCUUUCCAUGGGAUAGAUCUAAUAUCGCCGUCUAAUACCAUGAAUUUGAUCAGGAAUAACAUUCAAAAUUCGUUGAGCGUCGGUUUAAACAUAUUGUCGUUAUCUGGGGAAGGUAGGGAGUCUGAUGAAUCCAGUUUUACUCCAUUAAGAGAACUACAUAUACCUUACAACUUAUUUAGUCUCAUAGACAUUUGCGAUACUCACAAAGAAAUAAGAGUGCAAGAACGAGUACUCGUGUACUACAAAUACGACAACCAUCCUGUCAAUUGUAUCAAAAUAUUCCGCAGCGUAUAUGACAUCAAGCCUUUAGGGCUGAGAUUGCUUCAAUUUGGACUCUUUAAUUCGACCGCCAAGUACGGUAUUCCAGAUUUCUUGGAGAUGUACGACGGGGAUAUUUAUAAUGUGUCUUCGAAAACUAUCGAUAAGGUUACCAUGACGUCUGGAAAUGAAAAGAAAUUGUUCAAAUCCUCUUUGCCUAGUUUGAGUGUCAAGCUGUUCGCUAACGGUGCUUCAUCCAGUCAUGGGUUCAUUGCGGAAGUGGUGACUCUACCAAUAUCGGCCAUAGGAUUCAAUCGUGAUAUCCAGCACAACAUCUCGAGGUCUGUAAUCAACAAUAACGGUCAAAGUGGACUUAUGUACAUGGCAUCAGGUGAGGUCAAUCCGAUACUCACGAUAGAGAAAAAUCAAUUUAAGAGCAACUGCAGAAAACUCUAUGGUAACUUCACCACUUGCAAAUCCGGACUAGAAAUUGACGUUCAAAAUACACAGACGAUAUUUUUUAGGGGUAACCUUGUGGAACAAAACCAAGGAGGUCUCUUCAUUAAAGCCGAUUCUAGAGGUUCGGCUACGUCUCUUCGAGGUUAUAUACACAACAAUCUCUUUGUGAACAAUACAAAUAUGCCCACCCUGUAUAUAGAAGGCAGAAAAUCGUCGCCAUAUCAAGAAGUCACUAUAUACAGAAAUUAUUUUACAAGAAACUACGCCCAAUACCAUAAUAAUAUUAUUUUGAAACAAGUAGUAUCGAAUUUCACUUAUAAUUACGUCAAAAGAAAUACUGGAAUGCAGAAUUUGGAGGUUUCUGGUUUCGAUAGGGUUAGAUUGAAUAUUUAUCAAACUACCACGCAUAAUGGAUUUUAUCAUAAUUAUGCUGUAGAAAGAGAUAAAAAAUCAACAAUAAUUGCUGGAACAGCUGGUCAACAUUAUGUAGAUAAUAUCUUUUGGGAUCCUGAUAACGAUUACGAAAUGAUAACCGUCAACAGAUCUUUAUUUGAGUUCAACAGCACAUUCCCUCUCUGGGACGUCAGAAUCGAUGCCGCAAACAAUUACUGGGGUGUCAACUCGACUCUGGCUGUUCGAGGUCGAAUUAGAGACCAAAGCGACGAUCCGAGAUUAUUAGAAGUGACAUUCGAGCCGUUUUAUAUGAACAACAGAACGAUUUUAGACGGAAAAUGUCCACCUGGAUGGGACCUGGUCGGGGAAACUUGUUACAUGUAUAUUGGAGCUCCCAUGACCUUCUGGGAAGCUAAACAAUUUUGUCAAGACGAUAACGCAUCCGUGCCUUAUCUCUUGGGGAAUAUCAAUUAUUUGCCAAUUUACGAUUUUUUGAGGCGACAGGACGAAUGGUUCCUAUACUCGGACAAAGUUUGGGUGCAGCACAUUGACAGGAUCAACGAGUGUACCAUUUUCGCUUAUCAGAGCGUCGAAAUCGAGGAUUGUAACAGAAAAAGUCCUUUCAUAUGUGAAAUAGAUCCCAAAGUACAAAUACGAAUCCUGCCGCUAGCCGACGACGUAAUAACGAUAUCUGUGAUAAGUAGUUUAGUAUUAGCGGUUUUAUUAAUAAUUAUCGUGGUGGCCUGUUGGUGGACCAAAUCAAAAUUCAGACAGGCGCAACGUUUAGAGCGGAGGAACAGCAUCAGACAAAGUUUGCACUCGUUGCGGUCUGUGGGACUGUCCCAGAGCAGUUUUUCCGAUCCGAGCUAUCGAAGAAAGGCCAAUCAAUUGAGUACCAGAUCAACGGACACUCUAACGAAAAAAAUGAUUACAAAUGGAUCAAUAGACAGCAUGGAGAAAUCGGCAUACAGUUCUUCUUUAGACGACAACCAAUCGUACGAAGUAUACGAAAGUCACAAUCCCAACCCGACAUCAUUCUCAUUUUCCCCGACCAUCGAAUACCACAAAUCACCAGCAAGAUUCGAAAACCAGUAUGCCAGACCCACAUUCGAUCUCUCAUUCAAAAACGAAGGUUUCAGGGAUAAUUCCACGUUUGCCACGAACUCCAACUACCAGUCUAGAGCUGAAAGUGUCCAAGACGAUUUAACUGAAGAGAGUCCGAUUAUGGAUAAAAGUAGCGAGAUUACUUCUUAUCCACCUAGCGAUUAUUACAAUACGGAUACUUUACCGUUGCGAAACAACCAAUCGGAUUCCACUCUAGACCUCAAACGGGGGAUACAUGAAAUUAACAAAGCCUACGAUUACAACCUGAUGCAAGAACUCAAAAACAAACUACCUCAGAAGCAGAAACCACCAACGCCACCGCGUAAAUAUUCCCCCACGUAUUCUGAACAGCUCGGCAACAUGGGAUACACUCCAGACUACAACACAACAGCUCUAGCUCACCCGCACCAAUCCGAAAAUUUGCUACAAACUGAUUUCGAUGAGCCCGCGAAGCCUAAACCGAAGCCUAGGUCGAAGAGCGAGGUGCUAUUAGAGACCAAUUUCGAUUACAUGCCACCUAGUGGUAGUCCGCAGUUUAAUCAGCCUAUUAGUGAUGUUAGUAGGAGUAGAAGUCAACCGUUAGAGACUGCUAUGUAGUUGUUAGUAAGUGCAUUAGGAUUUUUUAACAAAUUGUGUGAUAUUUUUGACAGUUGGGUGCACUCAAAUGAACAAUACAGUGAUGCAGAGACUGUUUUUAGAACGUGUGAUAUAUUACGUACUAUCUAUGCAAUGUGAGGAUCAAACUGAAUUAAAAAUAAUCCUCUUGUCCUUGUAUUGCGUUAAAAUUGUUAUUAAAGUGCCCUUGAGCCCCACUUUUCCGUCCUAUUUGCCUUAUUAUUGAACAAUUAGGCAACUUUAAACCUAACUGGUUAUAUUUAAAAAGACCAGCAGCUGUUAUUUGUCAUGAUGUUAAUAAGUCUUUAUUACAAAGGAGACAGAUGACAGUUUGGAUGACAUAUCUUUGUUUUGUUGAUAAUGAUAAAAUGCAUUGCUCAUGCAAAACUGCCACACUUAGUACGUUUUAUUUAUUUUUAUUAAAAUUAUGAACAAAUUUAAUGACCUGCUAGAUCGGGUCACGUAAGAAUAUGAACAAUAAUUAUUGUGAUACUAGGUAAAAAUAUUUUAGAGCGUCCGAAAAAUAGGGAGAGCUAUAAGCUUUCUCCCUCUUUCUUCAGCUCAGGCAAUUUAAUGUUUUAGUUAUUAUUAAAGUUGUUACUAGAAUGUGUUCUUUAAAUUUAAAAACAUGCGAGACUUUAAAACACUUAACUGUUAAGUUGCAUUUUAUAUUAAAUUUUAUAAAAUUUCGAUAUAUUUUAUACAUAUAUUAGAGUUACUGAAAAAAAAAAAAUGCGAAAUAUGAUGAAUAUUUUUGUUAAAUUUUGUAUAUUAUACGUUAGGACGAUAUAGUAGAUAUAUUUUGUUUAAGAAAAAAAAAGCAGACUGCAUAAUGUUUUUUGUUUAGACCGUAAAUUCGUAAAUUAUGUGUAAAUAGUUUCUAGGUUAAGAUCUCAAAUCUAUGUUGUAAAUUAAAUAGAUAAUUU